CAUGUCAAUGCUGAUGAACCUGAAUUAGUAGAUAAAGUAUUUUAAGUUGCAACACUUUAUAGAACUAAAUUUAAAAGAGAUAUCUUUAUUGAUUUGGUAGGUUAUAGAAGAUAUGGACAUAAUGAAUAAGAUUAACCUAAAUUUACUUAACCUAUAAUGUAUGAUAAGAUUGAGAAAACUCCACCUGUUUUUAUUAAAUUUGCUGAAAAAUUGAUUGCUUAAGGAAUUGUAACAAAAACAGAAGUAGAUUAAUUGAUGAAAAAACAUGAGGAUAAUCUAGAAGUAGCAUAUCAAAAAUCAAGAAAAAUGGACUAUAAUUUGAAAGAUUGGUAGCCAGUAUCUUGGGAAAUGAUAAAAGUACCAACUCUUUGGGGUAGAAUAAAAGAUACUGGAGUUCCAGUAACUAUUUUGAAAUAAAUUGGAGAGAAAAUAAAUACAAUUCCAUCUGAUUUUAAUGCUCAUCCAUAAAUUCGUAAGUUUUAUGAAGAAAGACUCAAUUGGAUAUAGAAGGAUCAAGGUGUUGAUUUUGCAACAGCUGAAGCUCUAGCAUUUGGAACAUUACUUCAUGAAGGAUUUAAUGUCAGAUUAUCUGGUGAGGAUGUUCAAAGAGCUACCUUUUCUCAUAGACAUGCUGUUAUUCAUGAUUAAAAAAAUCCAAAUGGUCCUUCUUAUGUACCUUUACAUAAAGUUAUACCAAAAGGUCAAGAAGAUAGAUUAAGCAUUUAUAAUUCUCAUUUAUCAGAAUAUGGAGUAUUAGGAUUUGAAUAUGGAUAUUCUAUUACUAAUCCAAAUACAUUAGUACUUUGGGAAGCUUAGUUUGGUGAUUUUGCUAAUGGAGCAUAAAUUAUUAUUGAUAAUUAUAUUGCAAGUGCUGAAUCUAAAUGGGAUGUUGAUAGUGGAUUAGUUAUGUUAUUACCAAAUGGUAUGGAUGGAUAAGGACCAGAACAUAGUUCAGGAAGAGUUGAAAGAUUUUUAUAAUUAAGUGAUGAUGAUCCUGCUGUUUUUGAAAGAAAUCUAGGAGGUAAUUUAUUAUAAUUAUGUAUCAAGUUCGACUUAAGAGACAAAUGAGAAAUUCAAAUAUGUAAAUUGUUUAAUGUACUACACCUGCUAAUUAUUUCCAUUCUUUAAGAAGAUAGUUAAGAAGAGAUUUCAGAAAACCUCUUAUUGCUAUGACUUCCAAAAGACUUUUAAGACUCUAAGCUGCCAAAUCUAAAUUAAAUGAAUUUUCUGAAUAAGCCAGAUUCUCAUAAAUUUAUGAUGAUCCUUUCCCUGAAUAAAUUAAUUAACCUAAUGAGAUCUAAAGAGUUAUCUUAUGUUCAGGACAAGUUUAUUAUGAUAUUCUUAAAAAAAGAGAGGAUCUAAAAGUUAAAGUAAACUAAUGUUCUUAUUAAGAAUACUGCUAUUGUGAGAAUUGAAUAAUUAGCACCUUUCCCAUACGAAUUCUUAUAGGCUGUUAUCUAAAAGUAUAAGAAAGCUCAUUUCGUUUGGGUUUAAGAAGAACAUCAAAAUUAUGGACCUUGGUCAUUUGUUAGGCCAAGAAUUUAAAGUGUUAUCUCAAAAACCUCAGGCUUAUUACAAUAAUAAGUUCAAUAUGUCGGUAGAAAACCAAGUGGAUCGCCAGCUACUGGAUUCCAUUAACUUCAUGAAAAAGAAGUUCAAGGCUUUUUAACAAAGGCAUUUGAAUUUUGAUACAUCGUUA